CCCCGGAGAGGCAGCAUGGCGGGCCCGGCGGAGUUUGAGUCGUGGCUGUGUUCGCGGCUGGACGCGCUGCAGGUGGACCGGGAGGUUUAUGGAACUUAUAUCCGCAGCCUGCUGGAGGAGGAGGAGAGCGAGGCGGAGCGCCUGGAGGCUCUGAGGGCCACUCUGUCCGCUGUGCUGGAGGAAGACACACUUGAGGACGUCUGUCAGCAGAUAUUAAAACAGUGGACAGACUGCUGCGCUCGAUCCGCAGCGGCCGGCAGCCACCCAGAAGAUGAGGUUCAGGCCAUCGCCAGUCUGAUAGAGAGGCAGGCCCAGAUUGUGGUCAAACAGAAGGAAGUGUCGUCGGAGGACAAGAAGAGGAAAGAAGCGUUACUUGCUCAAUACGCCAAUGUCACAGACGAGGAAGAUGAGGACGAUGAAGCGGAGGAGCCAGGAGCUGUGGCAGUCCCCAGUGACAAAUCCCUCUUCAAGAACACCAACGUGGAGGACGUCCUGAACCGGCGCCGGCAGCAACGUGAGCAGGCGAAGGAGGGCGCACAGAAGAAGAAGGAGCAGGACAAGAUGCAGAGGGAAAAAGACAAGGUGGCAAAACAGGAGCGCAAAGAGAAAGAGAAGAAACGCACACAGAAGGGGGAGCGCAAGAGAUAGACAGGAGACGCAUCAGUGGAAUCCAUUUUUGGACUACAGAGAUUCUUUACUGAGAAAACAAUGUCACCUCUGCAGACUGUGUUCUGGUGUAAGGUGUGGGCACCCAUGUUGAAUUUUUUAAUACAAGUGACGUGUCGCUCUGCUGGGGGCUUGUAACCCAGGGCCUGGUUGACUAAAGCCAUAGCACACAUUCAGUUACUGAUCAUGUCCAUUCACACCCAACAACAGUGAUUCUCAGUUCCAGUCCUAGUGACCCCAUGCAUUGCAUAUUAGUGGUUUUCGUGCUCAAAAACAUCUGCCUUAGUUUGUGAAGAUACUGGGGUUGGACUUGAACACUGAGAAGUUCAUAAGAAAAUGAGAAUUCUACAGAUUUUUCAAAACAUCUGUAUAAUUUAGUUAAGAUUUGAGAAGUCAUUCAGAGAGGUUUGAUGUGAAAUGAUUAAUUGUAGAAAAAACUUACUGACCUAGAUUUUUUUUUACAGUGAUGGUGAUAGGAACCAUGGGUCACCAUGUCUACAACACAAGUAGCCAUUUUAUGACAUCCUAAAUGACCAGUGAACCUGCACACAUCAUCUGAGUUUUAUAAUGCUGCUGCUGCUGCUAAAACAGUGGUAAAUCAGAAAAAAUUAGUUUCUCUUGAGGGCUGUUUUGCCUUAGAAUACCCUGCAAGUACCUUCCCACCAUGGUUGGAUUACUGAGCAAUGUAAAAAUACAUUUAAGGCCAAAAUCUUAUCUUAAAACUGAUGUCUCAAGUAUCAGGAAGUGUAUUCAUAACCAUUUAAUUUCAUUCCUCUGAGGUAUCUUGUAGAGGCAAUAAAAGCUUUUGACAUCUGGUUCCGGUCACCACGACUGUGAACAAUUCUGACCUAGUAAGUUUCUCUAUAAUGUAGCAUUUCGCAUCAAACCACUGAAUGACUUUCUUUACAUCUUGACAAUUAAGUCAUGUAGACAUAUUUGAAAUAUAAAUAAAUUCCUUUUUUGGAGUUAAAAGGGAAGAAAUUUUCAAAUAUUCUGUGUGAGGUAAAGUGUGUAAGACAAGGAAACUGUUUCACAUUGGGCCUCGUUCACCAACUGUCCUUAAGAAGAAAUAUCUUCUUGAAACCUAUUUCCUCAGUUUUCACAAAUAUUCUGAUAUUCAUCAAUGUUUUCUUAUUUGGGAUUUGUUUUUAGGUAAGAACAGAAUCUGUAUACGCUUAAGCAGGAAGGUGCGAACAAUUCUGCGGUUAAGAACACGUUAUGAAUCUGACAAAUAUUUUUUUUUCUUAGCACUUUUCUCAGGAACACAUUUGAGAAAACCUCGGAAGAUAUUGGUGAAUGAGGCCAAUUGUUUUCAAGAAUGGCACCUGUUCGUACAAAUGUUCUUAAGGAAAAAGCUGAGGUUUUUGUAGAAAAACAGUUUUAUCUCAACUUUUCUUUCUAAUGAUCCCUGAUCAUUUGUCGAUUAGUUGAACCAGGUCUGUGAAAACAGGAAAACAACUGUAAAUGUAAGAUGCAUGGGGUCGUAAGGACUAAGACUGAGAACCACUGAAGUGUUACGACUGUGAGUUCAUCGUGAGUCACCGAUCGCUAAUCAGGUGACUAGAAUUUACUGAUCAUUUUAUAAUACUCAGUGCCACUUGCUUUAGUAAAUCUGGCACAUUAUUUCACUAAGCAUGAACCUGUCAGACAGUGUAAACCUUCAUGUUUAUCAUGUAAAGCUUUUUUUUUUUAAAGAUUGAGAGCCCAUACAUGCCAUUAUGUUUAAGCUGCUUCUUGGAGGUAAACCAUUGUGCUUUCCUCUUUGUGUUAUCCGGAUAUGUCAACAAUUUUGAGAUGCACCAGAAAUGGCACACAGCAGUGGUCUUUUUGCUUUCAGCUAAACUGCUUAAAAGCCUUUCCGAACUUGAAACUGCCACAAGCCGCCUUUACAUGUAGCAAUACUCAAAGCGUGCUCACAAACAGCCCAAAGAGGUGAGCUGUCUGCUUACAGAUACAUGGGGACUGGACAUUAAGACUCUAAAUGGCGUAUGGUGUUCUGCGGUCAUGCUUUUUACCCUGUUGCUUUUUCCUGUUGUGUCCAAUAAUGAUGAGUGACACAUUUUUGUGUAUGUAGAAAACCUGUUGACUCAAACCAUAAUUACUAUAGAGGCUAAUGGGCAGCUGCUGAAGAAAGCGAUGGAGCACUGCCCACUGGUUUCUGUUGUGUGUUGAUGCAUGUUUUCUGUUCUGUUUCACUGCAAGAAUUAUCUUGGCAAGCUACAAGAUUGGAAAUCUAGGUAAUAUAUCUACAUCAUUUUGAGACUGCUGUAAGAAUAGUAAAAGAUUAUUCAACUUAUUUCAAAACGUGUUUUAUCUGUUUUCAGACAUUUUGUCUAGAGAAAUUCUUAUUCUGUUGGCAGACAAUUUUAGUUUUUCUGCCAAGAAUAAGAAUUUCAUUAGAUAACUGAAAGAAGUAAAAAAUGUUUAGUAAUUAGUUAAAUAACCCGAAUAUUCUUAUAACAGUCUGGAAAUGAGAAAUAUUCGAUUUUUCCAUACAAUUGAAAUUACAUUUUCCAAGGUACCUUGGAAGGUAUUCCAAGAUACCUUUUUUUUUAAUUCUAAAUAUAGGGAACUGUGUCAGUUGUCCUGGUAAUCAACCUAAUGCUACAGAUGCAGCUGAUCAAGGUUAGUUUAAAAAUGCUAUUGUUUAUUUAAGUGGUAUUAUACUGUUAAACCAGGAAAGAGGAUUGUGUAUUUCCCGACGUUCAUUUGAAGCUGCUACAUGUGCCAAUCCGUACCUCGCAGAAUGCCUUCUUAUGCACCACGUGGGCUGCACUGUAUACACAUGGACCCCUGUGACCCCUUAUUGUCCCUUAAAAUCAACAUGCUAUGAAGGUGAGGGGUAAUAUUCAGACAAGACUGCCCGGUUAUUGGAGCAAAGGCAUUUUGCAAGUCAGUUACACCUGGAAAUUUUUUUUCCCUCCAGACUCCACUUGUUUUUCUGAAAUGUUUUGUAGUGUGAGAUGUGAUUCCUGACUUAUUCCUUUAUUAACGAUUUUGUUUUAAUGAAUCAAUUUUGGGAAUAUUGUGAUUUCUCUUUGCUUACACCCCCCCUUGUGUGCAAUUCUUACAAUGGGUGCAUUUUAAUACCUUUCCAAAUAACUAAAAAUUGCCAUGAAGCAUCA